AUGACCAACGAGAGCUGCCACGAACGCUUCAUCUUGUUGGGUUUCUCAGACAGACCCUGGCUAGAGCACAUCCUCUUUGUGUUUGUCCUCAUCUUCUACCUCGUGACCUUAGUUGGCAACAUCGUCAUUAUCCUGGUUUCCCGCCUGGACCCCAGCCUCCACACGCCCAUGUACUUCUUCCUCACCAACUUAUCCUUCCUAGAUCUCUGCUUUACCACCAGCUCCAUCCCCCAACUGCUUUUCAACUUAGGUGGCCCAGACAAAACCAUCAGUUACACCGGCUGUGCCAUCCAGCUCUUCAUGUUCCUGGGGUCGGGUGGCACGGAGUGUGUCCUGCUGGCCGUCAUGGCGUACGACCGCUUCACUGCCAUCUGCAAGCCUCUGCACUAUUCCGUCAUUAUGCACCCUCAGCUCUGCUGGCAUUUGGUGUCUGUGGCCUGGAUUGUUGGGCUCCUCAACUCCCUGGUUAUGUCUCCAGUGACCAUGAAGCUACCACGGUGUGGGAGAUGUCGGGUGAAGCACUUCCUGUGCGAGAUGCCGGCUCUGAUAAAAACUGCGUGCGUGGACACGGUGGCUGUGGAGAGCACUGUUUUCAUUCUGUCCGUCAUCAUUGUCCUGGUGCCUCUGUCACUCAUUCUGAUCUCUUACUGCUACAUCGCCCUAGCAGUGACCAAGAUCAAGUCAACUGCUGGAAGAAGGAAGGCUUUCAACACAUGUGGGUCCCAUCUCACCGUGGUGUCCUUGUUCUACGGGAACAUUAUCUACAUGUACAUGCAACCAGGAAAUAAUUCUUCUCAGGACCAAGGGAAAUUCCUGACUCUCUUCUACAACUUGGUGACACCCAUGCUGAACCCUGUCAUCUACACACUGAGAAACAAGGAUGUGAAGAAUGCCCUGAAGAAACUGGUGUCUAGUAAGUAA